CGACUAACGGGAUCCCAUUUGGAAUCAUCGCUAACCCCACGAUUAGGAAUACCGUCCGGCUUCUCCCUAAACCACCAUGGAUGCCCGGGCCGCCCCCGAGGACGAGGCGGCGCCUCUGGUGGUGGACGUCAGCUCGUGCUCUUCUUCUUCUUCUUCCGAUGCGCGUCCGGCGAGGAACCACGCCAGAGACGUUCACAUCUUGAGCUUGGCCUUCUUACUCAUCUUCUCCGCUUAUGGGGCCGCCCAGAACUUGGAAAGCAGCGUCAACACGGAGGAAGAUUUGGGGACAACCUCGUUGGGGAUUCUGUACCUGUCCUUCACCUUCUUCGCGGUGGUGGCCUCUCCUGUGGUGAGGGCUUUGGGGUCAAAGACGGCCCUCGUUCUCGGUACCAGUGGCUACUUGCUGUUCAUAGCCUCCAAUUUGAAGCCCUUAUGGUACACAAUGGUCCCAGCAUCACUGUAUCUAGGCUUUACUGCAUCUAUCAUCUGGGUCGGGCAGGGAACAUAUCUCACUUUAGCUGCUUAUAGCCAUGCAAAAGAUUGCCACUUGCAUGAAGGGACUGUUGUUGGUAACUUCAAUGGAGAAUUUUGGGGAGUGUUUGCUAGUCACCAGGUGAUUGGCAAUUUAUUGUCACUUGCAUUGUUGCGAGGUGGGAAGGAAGGAGACACUGUCACAGGCAAAAACCUAUUAUUUACUAUUUUCCUUUGUUGCGUGGUACUGGGAAUCAUUCUGAUGUGCUUUCUGUCGAAAAGAGACAACAAAGAAAUCAGUCUUGCAACAAACUCAUCCUUUGGAUCCAUACUGAAGUCUGUUGUUGCUCCUCUAUUUGACAAACGAAUGCUGUUAAUUAUUCCUCUUAUUGCAUAUUCUGGCUUACAACAAGCAUUUGUAUGGGCUGAAUUUACAAAGCAUAUUGUAACACCAGCACUAGGUGUCUCGGGCGUGGGUGGUGCCAUGGCAAUAUAUGGUGCUGCUGAUGCCACUUGUUCUAUGGUUGCUGGGCGGCUGACUUCUGGUUUGCGUUCUAUCACUUUACUUGUGUUUGGUGGAUCAUUGCUUCAGAUCAUUGUCAUCCUCUGGCUUCUGCUUGGCUACAGCUUAACAAGUGGGCUACUUGGCUAUAUAUAUCCAUUUCUCAUGGGGGCUAUAUGGGGUGUAGGAGACGGAGUGUUUAACACACAGCUGGGUGCAUUACUUGGAAUACUCUUUAAGCAUGACAAGGAAUCGGCUUUUGCACAACUGAAGGUGUGGCAAAGCGCUGCCAUCGCUGUCAUCUUUUUCUUGAGUCCACACUUGGCGUUACAGGUGAUGCUGUUGGUGUUGCUUGCUGCUCUGUGCUUUUCACUACUUUGUUUCCUUUAUCUCACUCUUCAUGUUGAAAGAUCCUUGUAUCUUGAAUCUUGAUGUGUUGUUCGACCUGUUUACAACUUUUACCACAUCAGGUCAUGGUUCCCUUCUACUGUCUACAUACUGUUUUGUCGAUUGUAAAAAUAAUUAUGUUGGGCUGGUGACAAUGGGCAACUUGUAGGAUUCAGUGUUCUCAAUGUGACGCAGUUAAAAUUCA